CUGGCAAGUUGAUGGUCAAAUGAUUCUUUUGUUCUCCCUGUCUUUUCCCGGUAGUCUGUAACUAACCAGGCUCCGGUUACUGUGAAGAUCACGUACAAUUAACGUCACUGUUUGUCAGUAAAGGAGAAACAUUAUAAGAAUAUCUGACAAAAUCAGUUGCUGAGCAAGACAAUGUCUGACGAGAACCAAACCUCAGAGCUUCCUGAUGCACACAGAGAUGAAGAUAAAGCUGAUAUAGUGAAGGUUGAGAUAACAGAAGAUCAGUGUGUCAGGCGUCAGCUGGGAGCCCCAGAUGAGGAAACCAGUGACAGUAUCAGCCCAGGGCGUAUGGAUAUGUGUGACCAGGUGAAGACUGAGGAGGAUGAAGUUCCUAUAAAUACAGCUACAGGUGAUGUUAAGACGGAAGUUACACCUAAUGUUGAACAAACAAAUGAUCUGUUUGUAAAGAGUCAACUGGAAGUUGUGAAACAGGAAAUCAGUGACAAUAUCAGUACAGGUGAAUUUACAAACUGCAAUAAUCCUAGUCAUGGUCCAAGUGCUGAUACUUCUCACAAUCUUCUUCAAAAUCAGAGAAGCCAAAUGGAAAAUUUAUGUUCUGAAUAUGGGAAAUGUUUUACUCUGAAAUCACAUCUUAUUAGUCAUCAUAUGGGGGAGAAAACAAUUUCAUCUUCUGAAUAUGGAAAGUGUUUUAACUUUAAAUCACCUCUUAGUAAUCAUCUGAAAAAUCAUACAGGGACGAAAGCAUUUUCAUGUUCUCAAUGUGGGAAAUGUUUUACUCAGAAAUCAAGUCUUACUGUUCAUCAGAAAAAUCAUACAGGAGAGAAAGCAUUUUCUUGUAUGGACUGUGGGAAAUGUUUUACUCAGAAAUCAAAUCUUACUAAGCAUCAGAAAAAUCAUGCAGGAGAGAAAGCAUUCUCAUGUUCUGACUGUGGGAAAUGUUUUUCUCAGAAAUCAUCUCUUAUUAGGCAUCAGACAAGUCAUACAGGAGAGAAAGCAUUCUCAUGUUCUGAAUGUGGGAAAUGUUUUACACUGAAAUCAUAUCUUAUUACUCAUCAGAAAAUUCAUAGUGAAGAGAAAGCGUUUUCAUGUUCUGAAUGUGGGAAAAGUUUUACUCUGAAAGCGCAUCUUAUUAACCAUCUGAAAAAUCAUACAGGAGAGAAAACAUUUUCAUGUUCUGAAUGUGGGAAAGGUUUUACUGAGAAAUCAUCUCUUAUUAGGCAUCAGAAAAUUCAUACAGGAGAGAAAGCAUUCUCAUGUUCUGAAUGUGGAAGGUGUUUUACUCUGAAAUCCAAUCUUAUUACUCAUCUGAAAAUUCAUACUGGAGAGAAAACAUUUUCAUGUUCUGAAUGUGGGAAAAGUUUUAUUGUGAAAUCACAUCUUAUUAACCAUUUGAAAAUUCAUACAGGAGAGAAAGAAUUUUCAUGUUCUGAGUGUGGAAGGUGUUUUACUCUGAAAUCAAAUCUUAUUAUUCAUCAAAAAAUACAUACUGGAGAGAAAACAUUUUCAUGUUCUGAAUGUGGAAAAUGUUUUACUCUGAAGUCAACUCUAAUUGGUCAUCAGAAAAUACAUACAAGAAAGAAAGCAUUUUCAUGUUCUGAAUGUGGGAAAUCUUUUACCCAGGAAGGACGUCUUUUUACUCAUCAGAAAGUUCACAUUAAAGUGAAAUCAGAGCUUAACCUCUUAAAUACAAUGUCUGACAAGAACCAAACCUCAGAGCUUCCUGAUGCAGACAGAGGGCGUCUAGAGGAAAACAUGGGCACUGGGUUAUUAAAGGUGAAGGAAGAGGAUGAGACUGAAAUACAUUGGUUUCUCCCUGCCGACGAAGAUAUAGUGAAAGUUGAGAUAACAGAAGAUCUGUGUGUGAGGCAUCAGCUGGGAGCUCCGGAUGAGGAAACCAGCGACAGUAUCAGCCCAGGGCAAAUGGAUGUGAUGCUAUCAGAUGAUUCAGCGGUUAAGCACGGAGAGGAACCGGAUGUUUGUGAUCAGGUGAAGACUGAGGAGGAUGAGGUUCCUAUAAAUACAUCUGCAGGUAGAUUCAGAGACUUUCAUGGCCAGAGUGCAGAUGCUUCGUUCUGUCUUUAUCAAAAUCAAAGAAAUCACGAGGAAAACAUUUGUUCUGAAUAUGAGGACUAUUUAGCCCAGAAAACAAGUUUUAUUGUACAUCAGACAAAUAAUACAGAUAUGAAAGCAUUUUCAUGUUCUGAAUGUGGGAAAUGUUUUGCUCAGAAAUCGCAUCUUAUUAGACAUCAGGCAAGUCAUACAGGAGAUAAACCAUUUCCAUGUUCUCAGUGUGGGAAAUGUUUUACUCAGAAAUCGAAUCUUGUAACUCAUCAAAAAAUUCAUACAGGAGAGAGAGAAUUUGCGUGUUCUGAAUGUGGAAAAUGUUUUCUUCUGAAAUUACAUCUUAUUGCUCAUCAGAAAAUUCAUAAAGGCGAGAAACCAUUUUCAUGUUCUGAUUGUGGGAAAUGUUUUACACAGAAAUCAAAUCUUGUUACUCAUCAGAAAGUUCAUACAGGAGUAAAGGAAUUUUCAUGUUCUGAUUGUGGGAAAUGUUUUUCUCUGAAAUCAUAUCUCAUGGCACAUCAGACAAUUCAUACUGGAAAUAAACCAUUUUCAUGUUCUGAGUGUGGGAAAUGUUUUACUCAGAAAUCACAUCUUAUUACUCAUCAAAAAAUUCAUACAGGAGAGCACAAAUUUUCAUGUUUACAAUGUGGGAAAUGUUUUAUUCUGAAAUCAUAUCUUAUUACUCAUCAAAAAAUUCAUACAGGAGAAAAAGCAUUUUCAUGUUCUGUUUGUGGAAAAUGUUUUACUCAGAAAUCAAAUCUUCUUACUCAUCAGAAAAUUCAUGCAAAGAAGAAAAAAAUGUGUUCUGAAUGUGGGGAAUGUUUUACUCGGAAAUCUCAUCUUAUUAGACAUCAGGCAAGUCAUACAGGAGAGACACCAUAUUCAUGUUCUGUUUGUGGGAAAUUUUUUACCCUAAAAUCAAAUCUUACUACUCAUCAGAAAAUUCAUACUGGGGAGAAACCAUUUUCAUGUUCACAAUGUGGGAAAUGUUUUACUCAGAAAACAAAUCUUAUAAGUCAUCAGACAAUCCAUACAGGAGAAAAAGCAUUUUCGUGUUCAGAAUGUGGGAAAUGUUUUGCUCGGAAACGAUAUCUUGUUAGACAUCAGAAACUACAUACAGAAGAGAAAGCAUACUAAGAAAUCAUAUUAAAUAUCAAACCUAUUCAGGAGUGAAGGAAUUUCCAAGUUCUGAAUAUGGUAAAUGUUUUAGUCAGAUAUCAAAUCAUAUUACUCAUCGAAAAAUUCAUGCAGGAAAUAAAAAAAUUAACUCAAAAUGUGAGUGUUUGGAACUAAUUAAACUUCAUAGAACCCAUGUAAGGUCCACCACUCUAAUACAUGUUAAGUCAAGGGAGUAUAUCAUAGCUGAAAUACGGGUGCUCUUAGGUCAGAAAUAGAGCAAUUUCUAGUAAAUGUGUGUAAGUAGUUUUCACUAAAUUACUUGAGUACUCUGAUCUGUAGCUCCGCACUACGUUCCCUGUCUUCUAAAGUGGUGCUGAAGAUUGGUAAAUUUCUUCCUGCUUAGAAAAACAUCCAAAAUUGUGAUUCAGGUAGGGCAUGCAAUUUUACUUCCAAUUAACAUCUUAUCUACUUUGCUUUAUUCCUUUGUUAAUAAAGCAUACCUAGGUAGGCUCAGAAGCAGCAAUGCACUACUGGGAACUAGCUGCACGUAUAGGUCUCUUGUCAUUGGUUCAUCUGAUGUGUCCAGCUAGUUACCAGUAGUGCACUGCUUCUCUUUCAACAAAGGAUUUCAAGUAAAUGAAGCAAAUUUGAUAAUAGAAGUUAAUUAGUUGUUUAAAUUGGUGUGUUCUAUCUGAAUCAUGAAAGGAAAUGUUAGGGUUUUACGUCCCUUUAAACUUGAUCUUUUUAAGUGCUUCCAAGUCCAACUCACUUUCAUUCCUCUAGAUGCCCCAGCACCAGGCUUCCUGCUGGCUUCUAGCUACUACUCAGGACCAUCGCGAUGCAGAUAACUUACAUCCAGCACCGUAGAUCUAUAGAACAUUUGAUAUUUCUCUCGGCUAUGUUAUUGGAGUGACGGAAUCAAAUGAAUUGUUUUAGGGAGAGAUACUUGUUUUUUUAUCUAUAACAGAUGGUUAAGUGUAGAGUAAAAUGCCUCCUGUAAGCUUUUUUCCUUCCUCGGAGGAGCAUUCACCCAGGACAUCUUCAAGUCUUACUUGUACCUCUUCCUUUUUAUCUGAUUUUAUAUCUUAAUCUUUUGCUCAAGUUUUAUUGGUUAAAUGUGAUGUGUACAAUAUUUUCUUUUAUUUUUUGACUGUCACAAAUGCUCGGUUUCUAAAUAAAAACUCAUUGGUAAACCUCA